CGCUCCGCAAGAUAAAACUGCCACUUAGAGCCCAGGAGAGCUAGACCUCUCUGGGUUGGCCUGGGGGCUCGAGCAGAGUCAUGGGCACUCCAGCCCCGCAGCUGUGUGCUCUCUUCUGCCUGGUGGCUCACUCCGUUUCUGGCAGCCCCAUCAUGAGCCUGGAGCAGUCAUCUCUGGAAGAAGAUAUGCCCCUAUUCGACGAUGUCUUCUCAGAGCAAGAUGGUGUCGACUUUAACACAUUGCUACAAAGCAUGAAGAAUGAGUUUCUCAAGACACUGAACCUGUCUGACAUCCCUACGCAGGAUCCGGCCAAGGUUGACGCACCAGAGUACAUGCUGGAACUCUACAACAGAUUUGCAACAGAUCGGACCUCCAUGCCAUCAGCCAACAUCAUUAGGAGUUUCAAGAAUGAAGAUCUGUUUUCCCAACCAGCCAGUUUCAAUGGGCUCCGAAAAUACCCUCUCCUCUUCAAUGUGUCCAUCCCUCACCAUGAAGAGGUUAUCAUGGCUGAACUCAGGCUGUUCACAUUGGUGCAGAGAGAUCGCAUGAUAUACGAGGGGGUGGACCGGAAAAUUACCAUUUUUGAGGUACUAGAGAGCAAAGGGGACAAUGAGGGUGAAAGAAGCAUGCUGGUGUUGGUGUCAGGGGAGAUCUAUGGAACCGACAGUGAGUGGGAGACCUUUGAUGUCACCGACGCCAUCAGACAUUGGCAGAAGUCAGGCUCCACCACCCACCAGCUGGAGGUCCACAUUGAGAGCCGGCAUGAUGAAACCGAGGACGCCGGCAAAGGACAACUGGAGAUAGACACCAGUGCCCAGAAUAAGCAUGUCCCUUUGCUUGUCGUGUUUUCUGAUGACCAAAGCAGUGAGAAGGAGCGGAAGGAGGAGCUGAGUGAAAUGAUCGCCCAUGAGCAACUUCUGGAGCUGGACGGCCUGGGCCUGCGUGGCUACCCCAGUGGGCCUGGGGAGGAGGCUUUGCUGCAGAUGAGGUCAAACAUCAUCUACGACUCCACUGCCCGCAUCAGAAGGAAUGCCAAAGGAAACUACUGCAAGAGGACCCCGCUCUACAUCGACUUCAAGGAGAUUGGCUGGGACUCUUGGAUCAUCGCCCCACCUGGAUAUGAAGCCUACGAAUGCCGCGGUGUUUGCAACUACCCCCUGGCAGAGCAUCUCACACCCACAAAGCAUGCGAUUAUCCAGGCCUUGGUCCACCUCAAGAAUUCCCAAAAGGCUUCCAAAGCCUGCUGUGUGCCCACCAAGCUAGAGCCCAUCUCCAUCCUCUAUUUAGACAAAGGUGUUGUCACCUACAAGUUUAAAUACGAAGGCAUGGCUGUCUCUGAAUGUGGCUGUAGAUAGAAGAGGAGUCCUGUGGCUUAUUUAAUAACUGUAAAUGUGUAUAUUUUGUGUUCCUAUUUAAUGAGAUUAUUUAAUAAGGGUGUACAGAUCCUAGAGGCUUGCUCCUUAGGGAAAUGGACGGGUCAGUUUGCUGCAGGAAGUGCAUAUUUUGCUAUGCAUGUUGUGCCUUCCAAUGCGUUUUGCUUUGGACUUGCCAUUUCCUGGCAGUGCCAUUUCUAACAGCAAGUGGCAAGCCCACACUGCUUGUCCUCUAUUUCAAUUGGAAAACAACAACCCCUAAGCAGAAAUACAAUGUGGAAAGGUAGAUAUUUGUGUAUGUAUAUGUGUACAUAGAUAAACUUAUAAAACUGUUUUUGGUUCUAUAGAGGUAAAUUAUACUCACACAUACACACAUGACUCAAUCAAAUGUGUAUAUGUUAAAAGCCAGUGGUAUGUUCUCAGUCACCUCUUCUCUGAGUAGGAUUUAUGUCAGGAUAAUUUGCACCAGGAAUUUAACCAUCCUAGGAAGUUUCACAUUUCCUAAAUACUAUUAGAGAUAUAGGUGUAGUGCUUUUCAGUUGAAUUUGUGCCAUUGCUCAGAGCAGCAGGGCCUAUAAAAGACGCUGCAUGUUUGCAGGGAGGGGUCACUUAAUACAGAAACCAAGUGGCUUCACAAGGCAGCGGCCUUAUCCAAUACCAAAGAAUGAGCCCUUGGGGCCUCAGUGCACCAAGCGCAGCUCUGGUCAUGAAAGGAAAACAGAGGGGACUUGAGGAUGACAUCUGUUCCUGAGAUGAUAGGAAAGCAAGGCCAUGUGUUGGUUUUUAUUACUGCGAAACAUAAAGGGGGUGGGAGGGGACUCAUAAGGGAGAAGGGAAAGAGCAUAUAAAUAAAUGCUAUCCUAGGAUGUGUUUGUAAAAUUAUAAGCAAUUCUAAUUGGAGAAUUAAAUCUUUGGGCAAAAUAAAAUUAUCGAAGACCAAGAGGAGGAAACUCAGAAGGGAUCUGUUUGUUGGACUCUUCACUUUUUCAUAGUUUUCUGCAAUUCUUAAUAUCUCUCCCUGGACUCUGCACCUCUGUUUUUGCUUUUUUCCAGCUUUUUCCUUC